AUGGCUCCCUUGAAUGUCCUAACAGCUACCGCAACCGACUUGCAGACCCUGUACCAAGACGGCAACUUAACGACUGUCGAGGCAGCUGAGCUUUACAUGCAGCACAUAUUGAACCACAAUCACCGCUUCAAUGCCCUCGUCGAAGUCACUCCACAAGAGCAUGUUCUAGCCUUGGCCACCCAGUUGGACCAGGAACGGGCCGAGGGCGUAGUUCGGGGACCGCUUCACGGCGUUCCCAUUGUCGUCAAGGACAACAUCGCAACCCAUCCAGAUCUCGGUCUGCGCACGACCGGCGGAUCGUAUGCCUUCCUGGACCUGAAGCCGAAAGAAACAGCCCCGUUCUUGCGCCGAUUGGUGGCAGCCGGAUGCAUCAUCCUUGGCAAGGCCAAUCUUUCUUCCGCCUGCGUUCCCUUGUCGCUCUCAACUUGGUUGACUGAUCUUUGCAGGGGUUCUGGAAUGCCUUGCGGCUGGUCGCCUCGUGGCGGCCAGACUCAAUCGCCCUAUGUCCACGGUGGAUGGGAUCCCACCGAAAAGUUUGGAGGUCACAGUGGUCCUGGCGGAUCAUCGUCCGGGAGUGCUACAUCGGUGGCACUGGGUUUUGCCCUAGUCUCAAUUGGCACCAAAACUUGGGGGUCACUCAUCAUACCUGCCAGCCGAGCGAAUGUUUUUACCCUCAAAGGGACCCGCGGUAUCGUUCAAAUGCAGGGCGUGAUGUCGGUGAACGACAUCCUUGACAUUGUUGGGCCGCUGGCUCGAGGGGCACUGGAUAUAGCCAACAUUUUCGACGUCAUGCUGGAUCCUGGCUAUCCAUUCCGGCCAGCAGAUGGUUAUGCCACAAAGGCUACUGGGUCUUGGGAAGGGUUACGACUCGGUGCAGUGCGGACAGCUGACUGGCGAAUCGACGAAAUUCUUGCCGACCCUGAUGAGGAUUGGUUUGCCCAGCAGGAGCACGACAUUGUCGCUGCCUACGACAAGUUGAAAGACCUUGGCGUAAGUAUCAAGCAUCCAAUCCCAUUUGCCAAACGAGGUCCGUUGGCCAAUGUCUUGGGGGACGUCAUCAAUCAUAAUUUCGUGAGGUGCUUUGACGAGUUUCUGUCCGACAUGGAGUCCAGCUCCGUCAGAAGCGUGAAGCAACUUGUGGAAUGGAACCGUGACCAUGCAGAACUUGAGAUCCCCUCCGGUAAGUUGUUUCACCCAAUAGCUGAUACAUUGCUCGGGGCCCUUGAAACAGAUGCUUGGUCAACUGAGGCCACCGAGGUACGGCUUAAGGAAGGAGAACACCAUGCCGCUGCUGAGGGCAUUGAUCGGUACUUGAAAGAGAGUGACGUCGACAUUAUUCUCGGCCCGGCUGAUUGCUGGUUGACUGAUUUUGCAUGCGUCGCUGGUUAUCCUUCAGCGAUGCUGCCACUUUCCUUCUGGAAGAAGAACGGCCGGGCCUUUGGAAUCAUUGCCAUCACGAGCAAGAACAGAGAGGACCUGCUUAUCCAGUUGACGAGUGCUCGGGAGACUGUCUUCCCUCUCAAACUUCCCCUCAAGCUAUGA